AAUUGUUAUAUAAAAAGAUUGAUUUAAACAAAAGGGGAAGUGGCAGGGUAAACAAGUUAUUCUUCCUUGUGGGACCCCUUUGCAUCAUGAUCAUACCAAGUUCCAACACCAUGACUCUCUGUCUCUCUCUGGCUAAAACUUGUUUUUUCCUCAUUCAUUUUCUAUGUAACCAUCGCACUGUUUAAAAAAUAAACACAGCAUAUUCUCUAAUGAUAGCUGUACCUUAUUAAGCCUAUUCAUUUUCUUCUCCAAGAAAAUACUAGAAUUUAAUAUAUAAGAACUUAACAAAAGAACUAACACCAUGGUUAGUUCUACUUUCUCAACAUUAGUCUGUUUUCUUAUACACUGAAACUUGGAGAAAAAGAAAGUCUUAAAAAAAAUGGCACAGGAGGUGAUACUAGUUGUUGUUGAUGUCAGUAAUGAAAUCAGCAGUGAUUAUGCAAUGGAAUGGACAAUACAAAAUGUGACAAAGUCUGAUGACUUCAUAAUUCUGCUUGUUGUUCUUCCUAGACCAAAUUUAUAUCAAAGGCUUAAAUCUCUAGCAUGUUAUUUUCUUUCAUGCGGCGGUAACCAUAGUAAAGGAAACUCUUUUGAUCAAAGUAAAAGGGAUGCCCUUCAACAAACAAUCUAUGAAUAUGUCCACAAGAUGCAGAAGCUAUGCUUAGCUAACAAUCUAAUGCAGGUUCAUUUCAAAGUGAAAGUUAUUGUUGAUGCAGAAGUGGGUUCAAUAGCCACAAGAGGCAAAGAAACUGAAGCCUCAUGGGUAAUACUUGAUAGAUUUCAUAAGAAGGAAGUUGGUCACUGCAUUAAACAACUGAACAGCAAUGUUGUACUCAUAGAUCAUGCUAUUCCUAGAAUCAUUAAAGCAGUAAUUCCAAUGACAAGGGAAAAAUUCAGUAGGAGUAAGAGCCAAAGCAAACCGACAGAAAUAUCUAUUCCUUAUAUCUUGGAUGACAAAAUUGCAACAUCUCCAAGUUCUUCUGAUUUCAGAAGUUCCACCUUUAGAACUUACUCUUUUUCAUUGCCUGCCACAGACAAAGAAUAUCAUUGUAAAACCAACCCUUGCAAUAUCAAUCAUUCUCAUGACUUUAUUUAUCUAAACUCCGAGUAUUUCGAUGAGGAUAUUAAGAUGUCUGGCAGCAAUAUUGAUGAGUUGAAUCGCAAAUCAGUCAUCAGCCUUCCCCAGGGAGAAGCAGAAAUUGUUCAGUGGAUCAUAUGAAACUUAGUCAAGAUAGUAACAAUAUGCAUAAGGUUUUAAGUAGAAAGCUUUUUGUAAAGGAAAAGAGAAAAUUUGAUACAAUUCCAUGCAAUAUACACAAUAUGUAAGGUUUCUGUAUUUUGUUUUGGAUACAAACUACAGAACACAAGAAAUUCAUUUACAAAGAGGC